AUGGACAAGUUCCGGAUGAUUUUCCAGUUCCUGCAGUCCAACCAGGAGUCCUUCAUGAACGGCAUCUGCGGCAUCAUGGCACUGGCCAGCGCCCAGAUGUACUCUGCCUUCGAUUUCAACUGCCCCUGCUUGCCCGGCUACAACGCAGCCUACAGCGCGGGCAUCCUGCUGGCGCCCCCGCUGGUGCUCUUCCUGCUCGGCCUGGUCAUGAACAACAACGUGUCCAUGCUGGCCGAAGAGUGGAAGCGGCCCCCGGGCCGCCGGGCCAAAGACCCUGCCGUGCUACGCUACAUGUUCUGCUCCAUGGCCCAGCGGGCCCUCAUCGCUCCCGUCGUCUGGGUGGCCGUCACACUGUUGGAUGGCAAGUGCUUCCUCUGUGCCUUCUGCACUGCCGUGCCCGUGACCGUGCUGGGCAACGGCAGCCUGGCGCCCGGCCUGCCCCCACCCGAGCUCGCCCGCCUGCUAGCCCGGGUGCCCUGCCCCGACAUCUAUGACGGCGACUGGCUGCUGGCCCGCGAGGUGGCCGUGCGUUACCUGCGCUGCAUCUCCCAGGCACUGGGCUGGUCCUUCGUGCUGAUGACCACACUGCUGGCAUUCGUGGUGCGCUCUGUGCGGCCCUGCUUCACACAGGCCGCCUUCCUCAAAAGCAAGUACUGGUCCCACUAUAUCGACAUCGAGCGCAAGCUCUUCGACGAGACGUGCACGGAACACGCCAAGGCCUUCGCCAAGGUCUGCAUCCAGCAGUUCUUCGAGGCCAUGAACCACGACCUGGAAUUGGGUCACGCCCACGGGGCACUGGCCACGGCCCCCGCCGGCUCAGCUGCCCCAGCGCCCCCCGAGGGUGCUGAGGAGGAGAGGGAGAAGCUCCGUGGCAUCACGGAUCAAGGCGCCGUGAACAGGCUUCUCACGAGCUGGCACAAAUGCAAGCCACCCCUGAGGCUGGGCCAGGAGGAGCCGCCGGUGGGCAACGGCUGGGCGGGCGGCGGGCCCCGGCCUCCACGCAAGGAGGUGGCCGCCUACUUCAGCAGAGUGUGA